ACCCUGCGCACGUGGCUCGACUUCCCCACGAAGACCGCUUCCUACCUCCGCUCUCUCUUCAUCCGCGCUAUCAUCUCUGCCUUCCGCACCUCUGAUGUCCUCCUUCUGGAUGGCGUCUGGGACAUCUACCUGCGCGCGGAGGCAUCUCUUCUCCUUCCUCAUGAGCGCCAUCGUCUUGUCUCCUCCAACCGUCUGGACAUGUUCUACUAUGAUCUCUGCCGGGCUCCCAGUUCUCUCUCAGCCAACUUGACCAAGUCGUCGUCUGUUCUUCAGCGCUGGUGUGCGCAGAACGAUGACAAGCGCUUGCCUUUCCGGGAGCUCGCUAGGGGCCGUCGCGCAGUAACAUCUCCCUCUGGCCCCUUCCAUCCUGACAACAUAGGCAAGGUUGGCGCCAUUGCCAGCGGUAUCCUCCACCGCUGCAUCACCUUUGGAGCCAAGGCCUCCUACCUCUCUCCCAACUUCUUCCCUUCUCUCAAGGACUUCAAGAAACUCGUCGCUGCUCACCCGGAGGACUACCUCUGCGACAAGUCAUGCUAUGGGACACACCAACCCCAGCGCGGUCCUCAGCAUGCGGAGGCUUAUUUUGCAGCUGAGCCUCACUUCCGUGAGUUCUUUCAUGCGCACCCGGUUGCGUUCAUGGAUGCGCGACAGGAGUUCCUUGCAGAGUGUCGCACUGGAGCUAUCCAGCGCAAGCACCUUCCAUCCUCUGGACCUCUGACUUCCACUCUCCUGGCUGCUGACUUUGCAUAUGCUGGGAAGGUGAAGAUGCCGACGGUGGAGGAGAUGGGUGAGGUGGUUUGGAACUUGAAGGCUGGUGCGUUUGCCGGUCUUGCAUGUCUUGGACUGAUCAGCGGCAAGUCAGCUACUCAAGAUGAAGUGUGCAAGGCUUUUAAGCUUGCACAUGAUCAUCUUGAGGCCAAGCUGUCUGCUGAUGUGAAGUCCAAGAUUGUGUUUGAUCCUGUCAUGGUAGAGCACACGCUGUGCAAAGUGAAGAGGGCUGGGAAGAAGGUGCCAUUUUAG